UCCACAUUCUCUUUGUUUCUCUCUCACUCUCUUGUUCUAUUCUAUCUACCCUUUUGAUCUUAUUCAUGCUCUUCACUUACAACCCUUGUACCCAAUUCAGUUCCCUCUACACUCUACACUCUACUUUCCCCUUCCUGUUGAACCCUAUUUCCUCUUCUUUCUUCUUCCCUCAGAUCUCAAAUUGUGUUCAUGGAAAUGUCUUCGAGCCCUCGCACCGUUGAAGAGAUCUUCAAGGACUACAGCGCUCGUAGAACCGCUGUUGUUCGUGCACUCACUCAAGAUGUUGAUGAAUUUUACGGCCUCUGUGAUCCAGACAAGGAGAACUUGUGCCUUUAUGGACAUCCAAAUGAAUCAUGGGAAGUAACUCUGCCAGCAGAGGAGGUUCCACCAGAGCUUCCUGAGCCAGCGCUUGGAAUCAAUUUUGCUAGAGAUGGCAUGAACCGCAGGGACUGGCUUUCUUUGGUUGCGGUUCACAGUGACUCGUGGCUGCUUUCUGUGGCCUUCUAUCUUGGAGCUCGUCUUAACCGCAAUGAGAGGAAGCGUUUAUUUAGCUUGAUCAAUGAUCUUCCCACUGUUUUUGAGGUUGUGACUGACAGAAAACCAAGCAAGGACAAGCCCACUGUGGAUAGUGGGAGCAAAUCUCGGGGAAGCACCAAGAGAUCAAGUGACGGGCAAGUUAAAAGCAACCCAAAGUUUGCAGAUGAGGGUUACGAAGAGGAUGAAGAUGAGCACAGUGAAACCCUCUGUGGUAGCUGUGGUGGAAAUUACAACGCAGAUGAAUUCUGGAUUGGCUGUGAUAUUUGUGAGAGAUGGUUCCAUGGGAAAUGUGUGAAGAUUACCCCGGCAAAGGCUGAGAGCAUAAAGCAAUACAAAUGCCCAUCAUGCAACAUGAGGCGGGGCAGGCCCUAGGCCGAACGGUAAUUCGCACACGGGGCAAAUAUUCGUGUCGUGGCUGACAAGGAUACUGUAAUAUGUUUAAUGACUUAGAGAGAUGGGUAUAGUAUCUGUGUCUAAUGAGGUAAUGUCGCAGGGAUUAAGUCUGUUUCAGCAACAUGGAUCCUUAGUGUGUUACAUAUUUUAAAGAAUAGAUAAACUCUAAUUUAAUCAAUUUUUAAAUUUGCUUGAAUGUA